UUGAAAGUGGUUGCUUUAUUUCGUAGAAAACAUGGAGUUCUUUACCUCUGUAAUUUGGCUGACAGUGAUCCUACUUGGUGUAGUUUACUUUUAUUUCCGGCGAAAGUAUUCUUAUUGGAAAAACCGUGGAGUACCGUACAUAGAACCAACAUUUCCAUUGGGGAAUCUGUCCCGGAAAAACAUCGGUAACUUGAGAGAGGUGUUCGAGAAAGUGUACAAUAUGAGAGAAAAAUGUCCCUUUGUUGGAGCGUACUUCGUUGUUAAACCCGUGGCAAUAGCAACUGACCUGGAUUUCAUAAAAGACGUGUUAGUGAAAGACUUCAACAAUUUUCAUGGACGUGGUAUUCACAUAAAUGAGAAAGAUAGUCCCCUCUCCGCACAUUUGUUUGCCUUGGAUGGACCAAAAUGGAGAUCGCUUCGGAUGAAACUUUCACCUACUUUCACUUCUGGAAAAAUGAAAUAUAUGUUUCCUUCCAUAGUUGGUGUUUCUGAGCAGUUCAAUCAAACUUUGGGUGAAAUAUUGCACGAUCAGAGUGACAUUGAUGUGAAGGAAAUUCUUUCUUGUUUUACAACUGACGUUAUCGGAACAUGCGCCUUUGGAGUAGAGUGUAACAGUUUAAAAGAUCCCAACGCAGUGUUCCGCGAAUAUGGUCGCAAGGUUCUUAAACCAUCGAAACUACGCUCAAUAGCAUUGGUCCUCGCCCGAACAUCAAAACUGGCCGCCACAUUACGUUUAUCGGUUUUCGGUAAGGACAUCACUAAUUUCUUCAUCGGUAUUGUUCGUCAAACCAUCGAACACCGUGAGAAAAAUAAUGUCAAACGUAAUGACUUCAUGGACCUACUAAUUGACUUGAAAAACAACGAUACUUUGGAUGAAGACAAAAAAAUCAAAUUAGAGAAGCUUACUUUGGAGCAAGUGGCGGCCCAGGCAUUCGUCUUCUUUGUCGCUGGAUUCGAAACUUCUUCUACGACGAUGAUGUUUGCCUUGUACGAAUUAGCGUUGAAUCAAGAGAUCCAGGACAAGCUACGAACUGAAAUAAAUACUGUCUGUGCGAAGCAUGGAGGCCGUUUAACGUAUGAGGCCAUGAAUGAUAUGGUGUAUCUGGGUCAAGUUGUCAAUGAAACUUUGCGAAAACACCCACCUGUUGUUGUAUUGCAGCGUGUAGCACAAGACGACUACAAAGUUGCAAACACGAAAUUGGUGAUUGAAAAAGGAACAACUGUAAUGGUCCCCACCUAUCAGAUUCAGCACGAUGAACGCUACUAUCCAAACCCCGAGAAGUUUGAUCCUGAUCGUUUCCUGCCCGAAGUGUGUAAGUCCCGGCAUCCAAUGACAUUCUUGAGCUUUGGAGAUGGUCCCAGAAAUUGCAUCGGUUUGAGGUUUGGUAGGCUGCAAUCACGGGUGGGCCUUGCUAUGCUGUUGAAAAACUAUCGAUUUGAACCAUCGGAAAAAACACCAAUUCCAAAAAAGCUUUUACCACGUGGUGGAAUUUUGGCGUCUGUCGACCGACUGCAUUUGAAAAUUAUCAAAAUUUGAUUUCAAAGUUUUAAGGUCUUCUUCAAAUGCGUUACUAUGUUGAUACAGACUAAUAAACGUUAUUUCC